GUCGGGAAACCUGUGGUGAUGAUAGUUUUAAUAAUGGUGAGGACGUGGUGGGGAGCUGCUGCUCUCUGCCCAUGUCCGAUAAUAGAAGGAGACGUGUAAAUAUCCAAAGUUAUUUAGCAGAUGUUAUAAUGUUAUCCCACUCAGCAAACCUGCGCUGAGAUUGUCUUGUAGCUGAACUGUGGGAACUACUGUUCGUCGCUAGAAGCCUGUCAUGUCGUUACUGUGUGUCAGAGUGAAAAAAGCCAAGCUUCAAGGGCAACCAGAUAAAUUCAACACCUAUGUGACAUUGAAGGUGCAGAAUGUUAAAAGCACAACUAUCACUGUGCGUGGGGACCAGCCCUGCUGGGAACAAGAUUUCAUGUUCGAGAUCAACCGGCUGGACCUUGGGCUCAUUGUUGAGGUGUGGAACAAAGGCCUCAUAUGGGACACCAUGGUGGGGACAGCCUGGAUUCCUCUUAAGAGUAUCGGACAAUCUGAGGAAGAGGGGUCAGGUGAGUGGAUUUUCCUGGAUGCAGAGGUCCUGAUGAAAGCAGACGAGAUAUACGGCACCAAGAACUCCACGCCUCAUCGGGUGCUGCUGGACACUCGCUUUGAGCUGCCAUUUGACAUCCCAGAUGACGAAGCACAGUACUGGACAGGCAAGCUUGAACGCAUCAACACCAUGGGAAUCCAUGACGAGUACCCACUCCAGGAUGACGAUCAAAGCGCUCCACUUCCUUUUGCAGCCUCCCAGUGCUGCAACUAUUUCGGAUGGACUGACCCGAUGACUUUGGAUGAUCAGGACAGUGCUGUAGACGACCGGGACAGCGACUAUCGCAGUGAGACCAGUAACAGUUUGCCUCCUCGUUACCACACGACAGCUCAGCCCAACUCAUCCAUGCAUCAGUACCCCAUUGGGCCGCGACCACAGCCCCAUCCAGACUGCUGCACAGACUCUGUCCACAGUUUCGAUUUGGACUACAGGGACCAGAGAGGAAGCAGAUAUUUAAACCAGAAAGGAAGGGUCAGAAUUAUACCUGUAGAUUCUGGCAUGGGGGUUGAAGACUGGGAAAACAAAUACAAAGGGCGUAGCAAGCCUCAGCUGACCGACUUCUUAAACGAUGAGGACAACAGUGUUAUCUUUCACCUGGAAAGACCCAACUUCGAGCCACCAAAUACAUCAGUCCGUCAAAAUAUGACACACAGUGGCUUUACGCCGUCUGUCUACCCUGAGGGUUAUCAAACUAUUGACCGACGAAGGAAAAAAAGGAUAACAGACCCACGAUUGCUCAGUACAAAUGCAGACAUGAAUGAAGAAGCUUUUAAAUCGGACCUUGCACUCCUUCAUGAGAAGAGAGGGGAGCUGUUUAUGCGACAGGUGGCAGAGAUCCAGGAAGAAGAGGAGCGUCUAACGUCGUGCCUCAGGCCGUACAAGGAUGGACUACUCUAUAAAACAAGAAUGUGGGCUAAAAAUGAGCUAGACAACACCUUGGAGCAUUAUGUGGCAUAUCAAAAAGAGCAAGAGGCCAGAAUGAGAGCAAGUUCGGAUUUUCAAUUGGAGGGUUCUCAGGAUCUGCAGUACCCUCCAGGAUCUUAUGAAGAUAUUGAUGGCAUUGCCUUUACGGCUGGAGAUUUGUAUUCAGAGAAUGCCGGACAUUACAAAGAUAUGCAUUCUUCCUCCCAUGAGGGCUACUUAGAAAAUUCCCAGGGGCUUCAGGAGAAGAGGUGUAGUAAAUCUAAAACAGGAGGGUGGGUUUCAGAGGCAAUGCUUUCUCCUGUAGAAGAGCCAAGUGAUGAAUAUGUUGACCCUAUUGAUGAGCUUCAGUGUUUAGUUGAGACAGUUUCAGAAUAUCUUGCUGAAAAAGAGGAAGAAAUUAGCAGGUACGGUUCUCUUCCUAAAUUAAGCAAAUCAAGGCUUUCUUCUCAGGGUAGCAACAGAACAGAUUCUCUUGGGGAGGAUCAAAAUACUACCAAUGAUUCUAGAGGCGAACCUCCGUCACAGGCUCCUUUGGAUCAGAGUAUUUCAGGUGUAAAAAAUGCCAUGAGCUCCUUGUUUAGUUCUUUCACUGACAAAGUUGGAGCAGGCUCCAAGCAACCCGCCCCACCUGCACAAGCACCAUCAGCACCUCCCUCACAGUCUGGUCUAACAAAAUUGUUUUCCUUUAUGCCUAAAUCAAAUAGCACAGCUCCAAUAGCUGUUGUUUCUCCAGUGGAAACAUCUGAAAAAUCAUUCAAGUCUUUGCCUUCUCAGCCACCACAAAAUACCAAAAAUCCUCAUCAGGAAAUCGAAACUUCCACAAGGAGUCAGACUCAAACAAGUGCAAGCGAACAUUCACCUGAGUAUGCAAUCCAACCACAAAGUUCUUCAGGAAACUCAAUCAUGGGGAAAUUGAAUCCUUUAAAACUUUUUUCAGGUGGAGAUACUGAGAGUUCUGCUGAAAACAAACCAGCACGACAACCCAAUUAUUUUCAAGGCCAUAGACAAUGGGAUGAAAAAUGGCCCGAUGGAGGGGUUCUUAAAGAAACAGGGUCCGAAACUGCUAAAGGAAGUCGGGAAUCAGAGAAGUUAGGAACUUCAUCACAAGAUCUAUUUUUAGGACAAAAUCACACUGAAGAUUUAAAUAGGAAAGAAUAUCAACUGAAUUACAAACAAGAAAAUGUACCUGUUCCAAGGCCAGAUCAGUCUGCUAACCAAGCAGAAUAUGCAAACACAGGAUUUUUCAUUCCUUUUAAGAAGUCAUUAAGUUCCUUGUUAACACCAACCUUUUCCAUUCCGACCCAGGCAGUUCCUCCUGUAGCGGUUUACCCUGUGUUUAGAACCACAGAGGAUCUUCAACCUGGGAAACCCACGGAGGAUCCAUCAAAGAGUAAUCAUAAACCACCUCCCCUCUCAUCUGAAAAUGUUAACACUCAGCAAUUUCCUAAACCAGAGCAUUCUGGUUCGCCUUCGGCAAUCUCAACCUCAGCCACCCAGAGUUCUGCAGUGCCCCAGGAGAACACAGACAAAGGAUGGUUUUCCAGUUUAUUUACCUCCUCCCCUGCCCCCUCUGGUUCAAACCAGCAACCUCAGCCUAGCAAAGCACCACUUGGCCCACAGUAUACCUCAAACCAAAAGCCAACAGGAACCGCUCAUGGAAUACAACAUCCAGUUUCCAACCGGCCUGAAUCCCAGAGUUCUCUUACAGGCCUUUUUAAAGGGGGCUCGGCGGACAACGUCUCACAGGGGGGCUAUAAUCAAUCCAAACAAGGAGGACUCCUAUCUGGAUUGCUUAAAUUUGGCUCAGCUAGUGACGUAUCUGGCAAUGUUGCUGAGCAGACAAACACUCAGCCACCCUGGGGCGAUAAUCCCCCACAAAUUCCUCAUCAUCCUACCCCACAACAAAGUUCUUCAGCUUCUCAGACCGGUGGCCUUCUCUCAGGUCUAUUGAAAUUUUCUUCAACAGAAAGUGUACCUCAAAAUGUACAGCCGUCUGAAGCUGAAAAGGUGAGGAACAUCCCUAGCAAUUAUCCUAGUCAGUUGCAGACGUCAAGUGAAACUCAACAAACACAUCCUCAACAAAAGGGGCUGCUGUCUGGAUUAUUUAAAUUAACAUCUGCUGAGAAUACCACGGGCAAUCAAACAGUUCAGCAACCUACUAAUGUUCAGCAUGAUCAACUCGGUUUUAGCCAACAAAAUACUCAAGGUCAAAAUAUAGGUCUCCAUCUGGGGAGCAGAGCAGUAAACCAGCAAGGUGUCCAGCAAGCAGCGACUAAACCAGGUUUUAUUCGUCAACAAACCGUUCCACUUAAGCAACCACCGUCCCAACACAGUGGCCUUUUAUCUGGUCUUUUCAAAUUUGCUUCAGCUGACAGCAUAAACGUACAGGAUCAACCAUCAGACGAGCAGCACGGAAUUCCCCCAAGUAAAUCUAGUCAUGAGCCUUCAAAACCAAGCAAUGUCCCAGUUUUGAACCAAACUCAACCACAAAACAGCACAGCGCAAAAACCAACCCAAUCCAGUGGGUUGUUUUCAGGACUAUUCAAAUCUCCUUCUGAAAAUAUUCAACAGCAGCAGCAGCAUGAAAACAUCCAGGACACUCAGACAAAUGAACAAAUCAAAGUCCCAUAUAGCCAGACAGGUCCAGCACAGGUGGGGACAGCAAAUCAACCUGGAGUGCUGUCAGGGUUAUUUACCAAGUUAACAAAAUCGUCCGAAAACGUUGACACAACCUAUCAAACAGUAACAGGACAGCCACCACAACAGAACGCUAUGUCUACAGUAACAAUGCAAACUCCAGUUCAAAAACAGUUACCUCCUAAGGUAUUACAGCAAUCCUCACAAUCACAUGCAGAAAAAGAAAAGAGGACUCUGGGAGCUGUCCAACAAAACUUUUCAUCUGGUUUGUUUAGCAAAAAUGUGAAUGAACACCCCUGUACCCAACAAAUCCAAAUGUCAAGUGAGGUCACCGCUCAAACACCCUCAGUUAAUACUGUUGGACUUCCAUUACAUUCAGGAGUAUUAAGGAGUUCUACCUCAGACUUUGGAAGGGAUAAGCUGCAAAAAUCUGUUCCAGAUUCUGUCAAUCUAGGACAGAGCAAGCAUGCUUUAAUUAGUGCACCUGUGUCUAUUCAUGCUGAGAGUUUAGACUUGCGAACAUCAGCUACUUUUGCACGAUCUCUUCAGAGUCAGGCAACAUUCUCCUCCUUUAGCACAGGCAAUUUAUCUCAGUUACACUACACCUGCUCGCUUCAGCCUCCUAACCCAAUGACUUAUAGUACAGGAAAUAUUCACUCUCUUUUCCAAAGCCAUACAACUUCUCCAGGUAUGAGCCCACAGCCAUGUAUCAGAGGAAGUACAUCAUCUUUGCUUGGAGCAGCAAAUCAGAACCUUUAUCAAGGUCAGUUUUCAGCAUAUGGAAUAAGUCCCUCGUAUGAUGAAAACCAGUGGAUCCGUGAAAGUGCUCUAUGGCAGCUGUUUGAAAAUGAGUCCCUUAAUUAUAAUUUCCAGGUAGAUGACCGUGGUUAUAGACGAAGCUAUGAAGAUAUGUCAUCGCCAGCACCUACUCUUCACUGCAGCUCCUUAAGUCUGGGUAAUUCAAUGAACCCUAAUUCUUGGCAAGGUGCUGUAUAUCACCAAGAAGAAGUGGAAUCAUGUUCCAAUAGGAGAUUAUGGAACAGUAAUGAAGAACUGCGAAACACCACAUAUUCACCUAUAGAGGAAGGUGUGUUGAACUUGACAACUAAACAGAGUGAUAACUGUAGUUCUUACAGCUUGAAUGGAGUUUCAUAUCAUGAAGGGUACUAUGAGGAGCCUCCACCAAGCUUAUCUUAUUCAGCCAAUUGGCAGUAUCGAAGGGACAGUGCAAACCAACAAAAUGUUCACAUUAAUGGCAUGAUCAACCCUGAUCCAGUUAAUCUGAAUAGACCAACAGCAGCAAACUGUGCUCCAGGUGUCAAUACUGAGACAGAAGACCCCAUGUACCUUGAAGACACUGAAUGGUAUCAGCAGUGGCUUGCUCUCUUGGAGCAAGGGAUGUGGUGGCCAGCUGAAGAUGGCGACUGUGGCUACUUUGUUUAUACAGAUCAUGAGUAUAUUUAUGCCUUGCUUACAGAUGCAGCUGGUGAAUAUGUUUAUGCAUGUACACCUGAAUAUGAACCUUGGGGAAAUGCAUCAGAGUUGGAUAGCUUCCCCAGUGCCUGGCUGCAGAAUGAAAUGGUUGUAGUUUGUGGCUUUAAAAUUCCACUUUACAAUGAGGAUGAGCUUCUUUGGCUUCCUGGUCAAGAUCAUGGGGAUCCUCAGCUUCUCAAUGCUCCCCUGGACUUGUCUGCUGCCUAUAAAAAAGGAAACCAUAUUAUGAAUUUAAAUCUGGAACAGUUCUCAGAAAUGUUUGAAAAUUCAUUUCUUUCUCAAAUGCAGCAAGGUGUGGAUUUCACCUCUUACAGAUUAAACAAAGUAAGGAUGGGCCGAGGACAGACUAGUGGUCUGUAUGAAGAUAACUGCCAAGAUAUCAUUGACCUUUCAUGCCAUAAUAGAGAUGUAUCUGGCCCUUUUUGGAACAACCGGGAUGUUAAAACAUUUCUUGCUCAAAAGGUUUCUGUCUCUUUGAACUCUACUCCCACAGCAAAUUCAAAUCAGCAGCCAUUUUACUCCUGCUAUCAGCCUAGCCAACGGCGACGUUCGUCUUCUGCUGUGACCGUAAAACAUGUAGAUGAUGUUUCAGAGAAAGAAUGGAGAGAGAGAGUGUAUCCAGUUGAAGAACUCCCUAAUCGUAAUGUAAAAAGGAUAUCGUCCUUAAUAUCUUCCUUUGCGGGCAGACCAUCUCAGGUGGAAUUGAACAAAACUAGUGGAACCAUUUCUGAUCAAGCUUCGGAUAAACCUAAGAACAUUCUGUCAUCAGGAUUCCAAAGUCUGAAGUCUAAGCUCAUUGGAGAAGAAACUUCUGCUGUUGUAAGCCAGCCGGAAAGUGUGAAACAACAAAUACAGAGGCCAGCCAGCACACAUGGAAGAAUUUUACCGACAAUACCGGUGUCUGCUCAAAUAAUCCCGCCAUCAACACCCUCAAAUACAACUUCACAGAAACCAAAACUUUCACGUCAGACUACCAUGGCACAACAAGCAGCCCCAACAACAAAGCCCAGUGUCACAGUGCCUUCAGUACCAAAAGAAUCUCUCAAUAAAUCUGUACAGCCAGCACUUGAAGCAAAAAAGCCAGUGGAAACACCUGCAGAGAAACCACCUGAUGGGCCCCAGACAGGCUUCAUGAGUUUUCUUAAGUCUGCUGUAAGAAUGGAAGAAACUAGUCCAGACCAGACAUCUUCCAAUCAGCAAAGCAAAACGGGGAGCAGUAUUUCAUUACCAGGCAGUGCCACAACAAAUAAAGAGUCUUCAGGAGUAUCAAGUGUUUUUGGAUCAAUUGGCAGUUUAUUCAGUAAUGAGCCCUCUCCACCACAAAAUCAGAAAAUGAAACCUAGUGUUACAGAGGGUUCACUUUCAUCAACAUCAGUAUCAAAGGAUAUAAACAGACAACAAACCACGGACCAAGCUGUUAUUUCUCGGCCAGUUCAGAGCCAAACCCCAAGCAAAAGUGUAUCACAAGGCUCUUCUCCCAAUGUUUCCUCUGGUCCUGCAGUUAGGAAGUCAGAAACAAUAUCAUCUGCAGGGCAGGCAAAGCAGGACUCAGAAAAGAAACCAUCUGGUGGACUGUUUGGAUUUUCAAUUGGAGAUAUGUUGGCAGGAUCUACACCAGCUGCCCAGUCUAGCCCCAUGCCUCAAACAAAUCAGCAGGAAGAGUCACUUGGUAAAAGUAUAUUUUCACUGUUUACAGGACCAGCCCCCCAACAGGCUGCACCCAAAACUGAACCCUCACCUCAAACACAAGCGACAAGUGCAGUUCGACAACCUCCUCAACAGGAAACAAUUGGUAAAAAUGUGUUAUCAAUGUUUGGAGGAUCAGGUCCUCCCCAGCCUACUAAGCAAACCAAGCCUACUGCUGAGCCACCACAACAAGGAACUGUUCCUCCAAAGGAUCCUCCAUCAACAGGAUUUCUCUCAAUCUUUGGAGGUCCUAGCACCCAACAGUCUCAAGCUCAGACUGGAUCGCUUCUUGGGGGAAUUCUGCCUGGGUCAUCAAGUUCAUCUGAAAGCCCAAUGAAGGGACUGUUCUCAGCUUUUACUGACCCAAGCCCCCCGCAAACUAUGUCAUCUCAGCAAAAAGUAACUCCAAGUCAAACUCAACCAGGGGGAUCACAGGCACAAUCCAAACCACAAGAGCAGCCUCAACCACAAGGUCCAACAGCUGCUUCUGUUCUCGGAGGCCUAUUUGGCGGCUUAUCUGCCUCAAGUGAAAGUCCAAGAAAGAAUUUGUUCUCCAUGUUUAGUGGUCCCAGUACUCCUCAAGCAGCAACUGGAAGUACAAACAUGUCGUCGGCAUCAGGGACUGGAGCACAAAAAGUAUUUGCUAAGAGCUCGGAUCUAAACAAUGUUUUGUCACCACCACAACAGCAACCCAGCGUAUCAUCUAGUACUAAAGACCCACAACAAAAACCAUCCCAAAUGUCAGAUACAUCCUGUGACCAUGUUCCAGAGCCAGCAAAUGCCAGUGAAGUAUCAAGCACAAUUUCUAACAGCAAAACUAUUAAUGCAUCAAGUGAAGUAGAUGCAACCCAAGCUAAUGUUACUAGUAUAACUGUGUCAAGCUCUCAAAAAGAGGACACCACUGUUAAAGGUGUAAAUGAUAUGUCUGAGGAAGCAAAAUCAAAAGGCAUUAUUGUGCAAAAGGAAACAAGUACAGCAAGUACACCCCGUGAUCCUGCUCCUAACGAAUCACAAGCCCCUAAUUCAGAGGGUCCGGGAAAAACUUUGCUUUCAUUAUUUUCUCCACCUAAUACUGAAUCUACCACUACUCGGACUGGUCUUUCACCUGCCGGGUCUGUACCAGCAUCAUCAGGUCCCAAGGAACAGCCAGCCAAAGGUUUAUUUUCGGUUUUUGGAGGUUCUGAUCCUCAGGCUUCCUCACAGGCUGGAAGUUCUUUGUUAGGGGCAAUGUUCGGAGGGCCUCCAGCCCAAACACAAGGUUCUCAAACAGGAGGAUCUUUGCUAAGUGGCUUAUUUGGAGGAUCUGCACCUCAAACUACUCCAGUUGGUCCAACUAAAACUGGUGGCUCUGCUCCCCAAGCUCCAGGACCUCAGGCAGGGUCAUCAUUGCUUGGAGGCUUAUUUGGUGGAUCUGCUCCCCAGGCUGCUGGAUCUCAAGGAGGGGUGUCCAUUUUGGGUGGUAUUUUUGGAGGAUCAGCAGCUUCAUCAACAGUGCCACAGACAAGUGGGACCACCCAAACACCUUCAGCACAAAAUAAUAGCUCUUUACUGGGAGGGAUUUUUGGGGGAACAUCUUCUCCUUCACAAACUGCUACUGCACAAACUGGCACAUCUUUUCUGGGGAACAUUUUACCGGGAGCUGUUAACAAUGAAACCUCUGGUCAAGGUUUACUUUCAAUGUUCGGCACAUCUGCUCCAACUGCAAAGCCCAAUUCAGCAGCUGCCCCAACAAGGAAUGAUGACAAGAAAACCUUAAUCUCAGCUACUCCUGAUGGUCAAUCAGGUGUAAUUGAUAUACCAAAACCCACCAAUGACUGCAAUACCACUCCAGAUAGUGCUGAAGCAGGAGUAAUUGAUACUGCAACCAAAAGUAAAGACCAAAUGGAGGUUCUACAGCAACCUGAGGACAAAAUUGUGUGUCCUGAUGAAAGCUUAUCUAAAGUGAAAGUCACUGUUGCUGAAGACCCUAGUAUCCAAAAUACUGACUGUCCUGUUGCUUCAGCUGAAAACAAUCAGUCUAAAGAAUCUGAAAUCUGCACGGCAGCACAACAAGCACUGGUAUGCAAUCAGAGUUCCGAUAUUACACCUCCUAAAGUAGAAAAUGAAGCACUGCCCUCCCCAUCAGCUAGUUCUGUGAUCCAGGUGGAGCAGAAGGAUCCUGUGGCAGAAAAAUCUGGUACUGAUUCUGCUGUAGAUGCAGUUGCAGGCUUAAUGUCCUCCUUCUUUAAACCAGCUGCUCCGCCCACUGAAGGGGUCCAGCAACAGCAGAAAAGCUCAAUAUUUGGGCUGGGAGGGACAGCGCCCCAGGCUUCCAAUCAGGCCAAUCAGACUGGAGCAUCAUUGUUAGGGGGGCUUUUUGGAGGAUCUAACGCCCAAACAGCUUCUCCCCAGGCUGGGGGGUCAUUGCUCGGAGGUUUAUUCAAAGGGUCUUCUCCACCGUCUGGUCCUCAAGCCACAGCACCUGUCACUGGAGGUUCGAUAUUAGGUGGCGUUUUUGGAGGAGGAUCUGCUGCCAAAUCUGCAGCUCCCCAGAGUGGUGGAUCAUUACUGGGUGGGAUGUUUGGAGGAGCUGGAGGUGCAUCGCAGCCAGGUGGUUCUCUACUUGGAGGAAUGUUUGGAGGUGCCACUGGUCCGACUGUAGGAUCUCAAACUGGAGCAUCAAUACUUGGGGGCAUAGGGGGAUCACUGUUUGGGGGCAUGGGACAACAAACAUCUUCAGAACCAAUGCCGAAACCAGCACCUGCUACUGCGCCACAUAUUAAGAAUGAAAAUGCAUCACCAAAAGUACCAUCAAAUGGCUCUGAGAGUCGUACAAAUAAAAUUGAUAAUGAACAAGCAAAUACAGGCAGCCUAACGGGUAGUGUUCCACAGACCACCGACACAACUUGUCUAAAGACUUCUGAAACACCUGCAGUCAUAAAUGAGCCAAAGAAUACUAUAAAUGAAUUUGCUAAUCAGGCCGAUAAUGCUGAAAAGGAAAAGAUGGAAGCUAUUGGAGAGGUGGUGUAUGAAAAGCCUUUGGAAAUUAAAGGAGACCCCGAGAGUAAAGAAGAUGACAAAUCAGCCCCUAUUUACAUCCAAGAAGCAGAUGCCAACAAACUUUCCCCAGCUAAUCAACUGCCCAACGGUGGUGAGCAAACACAAGCUACGUCUCUGCUUGGAUUUAUAUCAACACAGAGUGACACAGGAAAAUCUAUUGGGUCUCUCUUCUCACCUGCAAUGCCAUCAUCAUUACCUCAAACAGAUGGGGGCAGUGGUUUGUUAUCAGGUUUAAAAUCUCUCUCUGGAGGUCUGUUUCAAGAGGAAAAGCCUGUUGCUGGCAAACAAGAGCCAACCACUUCAAUAUUUGGUGCAAAAAUAAGUUUUCCCUGGCAGGCAGAGCCACCAAAGCAACAAGUUCCCCCAGUUACCUCCCAACCCCAAUCUAACAGCAAGCCACCAAGUGGUCAGACACAUUCUGUGCAGCAGGUUGCAACAUCUGAUGGCCAAAAAACUAAAACUGAACCGGUAGGUUCCACCGAUGAGAUAGAAACCCCCCAGAUUUGCAUCUCCACUCCUGAAGUAGAUCCUUCAGCAUCCCUGACCCCAAAGGAAGAGGGAAGUCUUGUAGAAACAUACCCUUCUGCAGGUUUUGCUUCUGGAGUGCAGCUGGACAACCAGUCCAAGAAGGAUCUAUUGAAUGAUAAAAGUCCAGUGGAAAGUAGUCGCUUCGGGUCAUCGGGGAAUCUGAGCCAGACCAGCUCCCAGCUUAGUGAGAUUGGCCAUGAGAGCACUGGAGGCUCAGAACUUGAGGAGUCCUUCCACUCCUACCAUAGUACUGGCCUGCACCCGUCCACCAAUGGGCAGCCGCGCACAAAUGGACAGAUUUCCACCAACGGACACUCUACCGUCAACGAGCAAGAGAUACACAGGCUGUCCCCGGAAAUAGGACAGAGUUUGAAAAAUGAGUCUCCAGCAGAAAAAGGAUUUAAACUUCAAAGGUUUCAUGAUGGAGGAGAGCCAUUACCUUUUACCCCAUCCAGACUUCGUUGGUUGAAGGCCAUCAACAAAGUUAGAGUUCAGCUCCGUGAGGUCAGAGACGUGGAACCCAGUACCAGACAGGCCUGGGUCAAACCAGGUGGCGGAUCGGGCCUGUAUGGAAUUGACAGCAUGCCAGACCUGCGCAAAAAGAAGCCCAUCCCGUUGGUUAGCGAUGUGUCCCUUGUCCAGGCCAGGAAGGCAGGGAUUGCUUCUGCUAUGGCUGCUCGGUCCUCGUUCAAAGAUGAGGAACUUAAAAACCACGUAUACAAGAAGACCCUGCAGGCCCUCAUUUAUCCAAUAUCCUGCACUACACCGCAUAACUUUGAGGUUUGGACGGCCACCACACCCACAUACUGCUAUGAGUGUGAAGGGCUGCUGUGGGGAAUCGCUCGCCAGGGCAUGCGUUGCUCCGAGUGCGGGGUCAAGUGCCACGAGAAGUGCCAAGAGCUGCUGAAUGCUGACUGUCUGCAGCGCGCCGCGGAGAAAAGCUCCAAGCAUGGAGCUGAAGACCGCACUCAAAAUAUCAUCAUGGCCAUGAAGGACAGGAUGAAGAUUAGAGAAAGGAACAAACCGGAGAUCUUUGAGCUGAUCAGAGAAAUGUUCGUCAUCAGUAAGUCCAUUCACGCCCAGCAGAUGAAGGCCAUCAAACAGAGCGUGUUGGACGGCACCUCAAAGUGGUCCGCCAAGAUCACCAUCACAGUUGUUUGUGCACAAGGACUUCAGGCUAAAGACAAGACGGGCUCCAGUGAUCCAUACGUCACCGUUCAGGUGGGAAAGACAAAGAAGAGAACCAAGACCAUUUAUGGAAACCUCAAUCCAGUCUGGGAGGAGAAGUUCCACUUCGAGUGCCACAAUUCCUCAGACCGAAUCAAGGUGCGUGUGUGGGAUGAAGAUGAUGACAUCAAGUCCAGGGUGAAGCAGCGUCUGAAGAGAGAGUCUGAUGAUUUUCUGGGUCAGAGUAUCAUUGAAGUUCGAACGCUGAGUGGAGAAAUGGAUGUCUGGUAUAACCUGGAGAAGAGGACGGACAAGUCUGCAGUGUCAGGUGCCAUUCGCCUUCAAAUCAACGUGGAGAUCAAAGGAGAGGAGAAAGUGGCUCCAUAUCACAUGCAGUACACCUGCUUGCACGAGAAUCUUUUCCAUCAUUCCACCGAUGUGCUCGGUCAAGGCGUGGUGAGAAUUCCUGAGGCUCGUGGAGACGAUUCAUGGAAAGUGUACUACGAUGAAGUGGCACAGGAACUAGUUGAUGAGUUUGCCAUGCGUUACGGGAUUGAGUCAAUCUACCAGGCCAUGACGCACUUUGCCUGCCUGUCAACUAAGUACAUGUGUCCUGGCGUUCCCGCGGUGAUGAGCAGUCUGCUGGCUAACAUCAACGCCUUCUACGCCCACACCACCGCCUCCACCAACGUGUCCGCCUCCGAUCGUUUUGCUGCCUCCAAUUUUGGGAAAGAGCGCUUUGUGAAGCUGUUGGACCAGCUGCACAACUCCUUACGUAUUGAUCUUUCUACAUAUAGGAACCACUUCCCUGCCAGUGACAAAGAUCGCCUGCAGGAUUUAAAAUCCACCGUGGACCUUCUGACCAGCAUCACCUUUUUCAGGAUGAAGGUCCAGGAACUGCAGUCUCCUCCCAGAGCCAGCCAGGUUGUGAGGGACUGUGUGAAGGCCUGUCUGAACUCUACCUACGACUACAUCUUCAACAACUGUCACGAGCUGUACAGCCGGCAGUACCAACCUGCCGACACAAACAAAGAGGAAGUACCUUUGGAGGAGGAGGGCCCGAGCAUCAAGAACCUGGACUUUUGGCCCAAACUCAUCAUGCUUAUCGUCUCCAUCAUUGAAGAAGACAGGAACUCCUACACACCUGUGCUCAAUCAGUUCCCUCAAGAGCUGAACGUAGGAAAGGUGUCAGCAGAAGCCAUGUGGACGUUGUUUGCUCAAGACAUGAAGUAUGCUAUGGAAGAGCACGAGAAGCACAGACUGUGUAAGAGCACAGACUACAUGAACCUACAUUUCAAAGUCAAGUGGCUCUACAAUGAGUAUGUCAAGGAGCUGCCGAACUUCAAUGGCGUCGUUCCCGACUAUCCGUCAUGGUUCGUGCAGUUCGUUCUGCAGUGGUUGGACCAAAAUGAGGACGUGUCUAUGGAGUUUAUGCACGGAGCUCUGGAGAGAGACAAAAAAGACGGAUUCCAGCAGACCUCUGAGCAUGCUCUGUUCUCCUGCUCUGUUGUGGACAUCUUCACCCAGCUCAACCAGAGCUUUGAGAUCAUUAAGAAACUGGAGUGUCCCGAUCCUAAUGUCAUGGCCCAGUACAGCCGCCGCUUCUCCAAGACAAUUGCCAAGGUUCUUCUGCAGUACAGUGCCAUUCUGACCAAGAGUUUUCCUUCUUAUAUUGACAAGGAGAAGAUUCCCUGUGUCUUAAUGAAUAACGUGCAGCAGUUAAGGAUCCAGCUGGAGAAGAUGUUUGAGUCUAUGGGAGCCAAACAGAUUGCAACCGAGGAGGCCUGUCUAGAUGAACUCGUAGAGGAGGAGAAGGAGGAGGAUGGGGAGGAGGAGGCAGGAGAUGAGCAGGUUGUGGCAAAGGAUGAGGACCCAAAGACUCUGACUGACAAAGGCAAGAUGGAUGCAUUUGUAGAAAAGCCUGAAAAAGAAUGUCAAGACAAAAAGAUGGACAUGGAGGCCAGUGACUUACUGAACGACCUGCAGGUGAGGUUGAACACCGUGCUGGACGACCUCAGCAGGACGUUCGGGAGCAGUUUCCAGGGCCGUAUCAACGAGUGCAUGCGGCAGAUGGCGUCUUUGCUGUACCAGAUCAAAGGGCCACUCAACGACAACACCAGAAACCAGGUGGAGGCCGACUCUGACAACAUGCUGCGCCCACUGAUGGACUUCCUGGAUGGAAAACUAACUCUGUUCGCCACCGUCUGUGAGAAGACUGUGUUGAAGCGAGUGCUCAAGGAGCUGUGGAGGAUUGUGAUGAUCAGCCUGGAGAAGACCAUCGUCCUGCCACAGGGCAGCGACACCUUUGGGGCACAGAUCCUGUCAGCUGCAAAAGAACUAGGACAGCUUUCAAAACUCAAGGAUCACAUGGCAGGGGAAGCUAAGAGCUUAUCUCCCAGACAGUGUGCUGUCAUGGACGUAGCACUGGACACUAUCAAGCAAUACUUCCAUGCAGGAGGCAACGGGUUGAAGAAGGCUUUCCUGGAGAAAAGCCCUGAACUGUCCUCACUACGCCACGCUUUGUCCCUCUACACUCAGACCACAGACACGCUCAUCAAGACCUUCGUGACCACGCAGCACGCACAAGUGCACAAUGGAAAGGGUAUUAGGUUAACUCCCAAUGAAAAAAUACAGCCCAGCAGGGGCUCCGGUGUGGACAAGCCCAUUGGUGACGUGUCUCUGCAGGUUGAGCUAUACACUCAUCCAAAGAGUGGAGAGCGGAAAGUUACCGUCAAAGUGAUGGGGGCCAGUGACUUAAAGUGGCAGACGUCCGGUAUGUUCCGGCCGUUCGUGGAGACCACCAUGAUCGGGCCUCAUCUCAGCGACAAGAAACGCAAGUUCCAGACCAAAUCCAAGAACAACAGCUGGUCUCCCAAGUUCAACGAAACCUUCCAUUUUGUUCUGGGUAACCAAGAUGGCUUCGAGUGCUACGAAGUGCAAGCGUGCGUGAAGGACUACUGUUUUGGCCGUGCCGAUCAGGUGGUGGGUUUGACCGUGAUACAGCUGAGGGAUAUCGUGGAGAAGGGCAACUGCGCCUGCUGGUGCCCGCUGGGACAGCGCAUAUACAUGGACGACACCGGCCUCACCGCCAUGCGAAUCCUCUCGCAGCGCUCUAACGACGACGUGGCCAAAGAGUUCGUGAGGCUGAAGUCAGAGACUCGAUCAGCGGAGGAGGGCAGAUGAAAACAUGAGGACAGGGAGUGUUCAAAAAGCAAAAACAGCAUAAAUAAGAACAGUCUUGUCAGAUGAGUUUCCCGUAGAUGUCCAUGUGGACUCUUCUUCUUUGACCUUAGGUGUGUCUCAGCUGCUGCUGAGUUCUCGGAGUCGCCUUCUCCGAGCUCAUCGGCUCACUGUCAUGUUUUCAGUCCAGCUGCUCUCCAGGUUCCUCAGACCCAACACCGUGUACCAGCCCACGGCCCUGGUUCCCCGAGCUUCACCCUCGGCGCUCGCUUCAUCAGGCGACGCACGCAUCAGUUCCAGCCAGACGGCCGGACGAGUCCCCACUCUUCCCAAGUGUUCUCGUGCAAUAACCCUGUUACCCCCCAUCAAUGUGUGACCAAGUGUUUCAAGCCUUACACUCUGCAAAAUGUGAAUGUGUGAAGUAGAUGGUAGACUUUUGAACUCCCUUUCCUCCAGGUGGUUUGGGUUCAUGUGAAAAAAUGUUCUGAUUGGGCUCAUAUAGGGAACGGUCCAGGUCAGAUAGUGAGGUGAAGACUGGAUGUUUUAACUGUUUCACUUCAUAUAUAUAUAUAUAUAUAUAUAUAUAUAUAUAUAUAUAUAUAUAUAUAAUAUGUAUGGUUAGUCACACACUGCUGAUAUUACAGUUCAAGUGAAGGUACUGCAAAUGAUGGAUGGCUCUUUGUUUCCCUGUUGAAGGAUUGAUCAGUUAAAUAUGUGCCUUUCACUUGUCAGGUUCUUAUUCUUGCUAACCCAACAGAGAGGACAUUAGGUGUUUAACUCAAUAAAACUGAAACCUAUACGAUUUAACUGGAAUAGAAACGUCUCUUUUUACGACGUUAGGAGCGAGUCCUGUUAGGCCGUUUUUAUGUUUAUAAGCUCUAUUAUUAACAAGUCGUGGCCCACGUGGCCUGGAUGCUGUGGUGAUUUUAUCUAUUUAUUUUUUUUUAUACAUAUUUAUUUUGUCUGUGCUUUUCAAAGCCUGGGAUUUAAAGUGUGUGUUUUUUUUCUUUAAAUGAUGGAAACAAACAUUUGUGUUAAUGAAUUUGCACAGUGAAUGGGGUGAAUGAGCAGCUGCAGCUUUGUGGGUAAAAGUGCAGUUUUGUUAAGAUAGGACACAGCCAAAAAAAUAAAGCAAGAAUCCAGUUUGUCUUUAAUUUACAAAGAGAUAAAUGUUUUCUAAAGCGUAGGUAUAUAGAUGACAUAAAUGACAACGUAAAAGACAAACUCCUCAUCUGCCGAGUCGUAUCAAUUAUAGUUUACAUUUCUUCUUGCUCUGUGUGCUUCUACUUUGUACGAGUGGCCUUACAUUGGUGAGAAGAGGACAAAAAAUAUCUUUAAAACAAUGCAGAUAUUUCCUUCUUUUUUGUAACUUUAAUUCUUGUAUUUCCUUUGACUUUCAAACACUGCCUUGCCCUUUUUGUUUCCCCUCGCCCCUAAAAUGACGUCAAGUGAAUUUUCCAAAUGCUGGGUUUUCUUCGUGCUUUUUUCCAUUUUAUGAUGUUCUUUCUGAUGUUUUGUCAAGGUUUUGUUCAAUCCUCUCACUAGUUGGAGAUGAUGCUGGAUUUUAGUUGGAUUUGUCCUGAAAUGGUCUGAAACUUUUAUAUGUCUCUUAAAGAAAGAUGGAUACAGUUAGAAUAUUAAAAGAUCACAUCAUGUGUUUGUUUUUGAUCACACUGUAAAACCACAAAAUCACUUACAACAUAUUAAUCCUUGUGAAUAUUUCAUGUUAUUUGUUUAUGAGAGCAAAUGUUUUCUUGCCAUCCUGUAAGAUUCAUGUUCCUUGUGCCAAGUUGAAAGUGUUCACUUUUGAUCUUUCUUUUGUAUUAUUAUUAUUAUUAUUAUUAUUAUUAUUGCAUAUUUUUUAAAUGUGUUAACCACUUGAUCACUGCAAUAAUGAAUGAGUACACCGUCAGUCACAGCAACGGCAUCUUUGUGGGGUUUUCUUUGAACUGUCACUGCUCUGAAUGUUGGUGUCACCAUGUAAACAUUCCACUUUAUUCAUUCUGUAGAAAGUAUUUAAGAAAUAUCUAUAAAUGUGCCUACAUGCUUUAAUCACUAUAACAUGACAGUAAUUAUUUCAGGUGGUUUUAGUAAACACACACACACACAGACACAAACACCUUGCCAUGAGCAUUUUAAUGUUUAACUUGAUUAAAUACAUGUGUAAGAUUGUC